AAUUCUCCAUACAUCGCGCGUGCUAAAAAAUCAAUGCAAACGCGGCACUUGUGGUCAUGAAAUGAGAUUUGGAAGACUUUUGAAAGGGCUUCCGUGUGUUUUUGACAGUAGUCAGCUGAGCUUAAAUAGAUCCGAAGGCGGCCAUUCAUUCACAGGCCCGGCGUGGGCCUGCUGGGCCACUUCAUGAGCGCCGCAAGUCCUCAACUCACUAAAUAGUGUUUUGUCAAUAUUAGCGGGGUUGGGGAGGGGGGUCCUAUAAUUGGACACGUGCCCCCCCCCCUUCCCCCUCCAUUCUUUUUGUCAUUUGGAGAUCAACCGAUCCCUUUGUAAUUGUUUUUUAGCGAGGCUUUCUCAAGAGGCUCCUUUGAGAAAACACGGAGGCCAUGGAGGUAUUUAACGCCCGCCGCGGUGACGCGCAACGUCACUCGGUCAGCCACGAGCGCGGCGGCCUCCCUCCCCGCCACCUGCUCAAAAAUCACCACACCGCGCCAUGGAGGACGUUCUGUUCGAUCUGGACCAAGAUGCCUCGCCGGAUUUCGCCUUCUGGGGUCAGAUGGAGCAAAACCUGCAGUUCCAGACGCAGCUGGACACGUUGCUGCUGGACUGCGGGGGUGGCGGCGGCGCGGCGGCCGUUGGCCAGCUGUCGCCCUGGUCCUCGCUGGGCUGCCAGUCGGUGUUCCCCGAGGCGCAGCUCACCUUCGCCGACUUUGACGCGCAGUCCCCCGGCGACGACGACGAGGAGGCGGACGACUUCGGCGCCGACGAGUCGUCGGAGGCGGGCAAGCGGCAGCGCGGCGCGCGCCGGCUGCAGGUGUCGCAGCAGCCGUACAAGGUGCAGCGGCACGCGGCCAACAUCCGCGAGCGGAAGCGGAUGCUGAGCAUCAACUCGGCCUUCGAGGAGCUGCGCUGCCACGUGCCGACCUUCCCGUACGAGAAGCGGCUGUCCAAGAUCGACACGCUGCGGCUGGCCAUCGCCUACAUCGCCCUCCUCAGGGAGAUCCUCAUGUCCGGAUGCGACCCCAAGUCCUACGUGGACGAGUGCAUGAAGAGCGGAUACAAGAACCACACCAACGCCAUUUGGAACACGAGCGAUCUGACAGCUCGUCUUUCUUGGAUAAAGUGGGAUUAGUUGAGGGCUGUGGGGCACCCCCCCCCUCCACCCCCUCGAAUGCGGAGAUCUCCGUCUUGCUCUCUCCUCGACAUCUGCAGACUUCUCACUGGGUCGCACGCACCUCAGGCUUUUGAUAUUGUAAUUUACGGUCGACUGGUCAUUGAGAGCCUUUGCCAGCGAGGCCUUGGCGGGACGGAAAGGCCGUGGGCAUUGUUUGCCCAAAUGGAUGCCACUUGUCACAUUGCAGCGAGUGACUGAGAGAGGGGUUGGGGUUGGGGGGGGUAAGGCACGCUGGCAUGAGGCUUCCCGGGGCCCUUCCAUCCCGCGCUGGAGUGUGUGAGAAAAGAGUCUUGAUCAUGUAAAUGAGACGACAGUGAAACCCAGAUGACGGCACGACGGCGGCUUGCCGACACUUUUGUUUGUUUCUCGCCUCAUUUAUCUAUUUAUUUAUUUAUUGAAAUCCUAAUUAUGGCUAAUUUAUGCUUUAAA